UGUUGAGAGUACUCACUCUCACAUCACAUUCAUAGUCUUUAUUUCUGUGCUUUCUUGUCUUGGCCUCCACAAAUAUCUCUGCACUUCACAUUGUCUUUUCUCAGCAAACAUUUGCACAAUUCAACUCAACAACAUAAUGGAGGCAUUGAAGAUGAAGCUUUUUGUUGCUGCGGUGUUGGUGCUGAUGGCAGUGUCUGCCGUUCCAAACGUGGCUGCAGCGGAGGCACCUGCGCCUAGCCCAACCUCUGACGCCACCCUCUUUAUGCCCACUGCUUUGGCUUCUCUGAUCACCUUUGCGUUUGCACUCCUCUUUUGAUUGAUCUCUCUUUUUGUGUUGCAUAUUUAUGUUUUCUUCUCUGCAACAGAAUUUUUCAUGGAGCGCUCGCUCGCUCGGGAAUGACCGUCAUUGGAUCAUGUGGGGGAAGAGAUUGGCUUCACAAUCUUUUAAAUGAGCUUUCAUUUGUUGAUUCUUCAUUUAGUUUUAUAUUGAAUGUUUGCCUGAUUAUAUUCGUAUCUUUGUAAUUAAUUAUUCCCGUCAUAUGUAAAAAAAUUCUUGCUAUUGGAUAUCCAUUUUAUAUCUUUA